CGCUCUAUGCUCAGGGAGUGCGGUCUUCUACGGUCCGCUCCAUGAUGGGGCGCCUUAAACUUUGGUCCAGCAGCCGGACAUUAGCUAGUGCUGGAAGCAACUUUGCGGCGGCUUGCGGAUCAAACUAAGCAAUACAAGCAAAGCUAAACAAUAUAAAAUCUGCCACCGGUAUGUUGCUGGGCGUCUUAUCGUGGUUUAUCUGCCUGAAAUAAAUAAGCCGGCGAAACGUGAGGGCUAUUUGAAGGAGCGCUUGCUUGGCCGUUUGGUUUGAAGACGCCUUCCUCGAGCUGUGAGAUCUCUGCCGCAUCUGUUAACAUCACUAUGGGCAGAGCCGGCGCUAACAGUAACCCCCGUGAUCUCUCCUCCAUGAAAGGCUCUCCAUGCCACAAAGGCGGUGGAGGUGGACCUGAAGCCCCCUCCCGCUCUGCUCCCAGUCCCGACCCAGCCUGGGAGGUGGUGUGUGUCCAGGCCAAGCCGGAGGCGGAUCGGAGCCGGAACCAGCAGGCGCAUCGCCGGUUCCCCCCGGAGCACCAACAGCAGCAGGAAGGGGUGCGGAAGGAGAAGGAGCGGGCGGCACAGGAGCUCGUGUUCAGGCCGGAGCGGCAGAGAGCCUCGGAGCGCUGCCGGCCAGCACUGGCCAGGGAGUUGCUCGACGGCACCACCCUGUGGCGGCCCGGGGAGUUGCACAGCGCUUUGGCUGACGAGAUCACUGGCGUCGGGGCCGACGUGGGUGCCUGGCAGGCACAGAGCGAGCCAGGGUGUCUGGGGAACGGGCGGGCGUACCGUAAGCUGGAGGAGCUCCUGGAGGCCCUGCAUGGGGAGGCGCGGGGGGAGCAGGCUGCCCUCCUGCGUUGCCUCCGCCAGGAAGUGGAGCUGGAGAGGAGCUACUUCGUGUGCCACUUGCUGGAGGCGCAUGGACACAGCACGCGAGGGGAGGAAGAGGAGAAGCGCGGCACAGAUGGGGAAGGGCGUACGCACAGGCCGAGGUCGAAGAGCUGCGCAAACCUGCUGAGUACCGUCCCGCCUCGGAGUGGACAGCUGCUCCUCACACGCUCCUGCUCGCUGUCUCAGAAACCCCAGCACACGUGUCUGCCACCCACAAAAUGGAGCAGGCAGACCUCGUGCAGCUCAUCAGAGAUGAAGGAUACUCAUCGCUGCUCUUUGCCAGUGGAAGAGAGGACCACCAAUGUAGGGAGCUCUGGACCCGUCCCCGAAAGGACUUCACCCGAUGCUGGGUGGGACCCACCGAGAUCCAGUCCGUCCCUGGAGAAGUCGUCUCCCUCCAGAUGUUCGGAGGACACCAUGGAUGACAUGAGUGGCACGGACUACGGCUUCCUGGUCCGGCAGAACGCGGAGCUGCUGAGAGCGCUGGAGGAGCUGGAGAAUACUUGCUCCACGCUCAGAGAGGACAAUAUCCUCCUGCGAAAGAGCAGCUGCCCUGAGACGGAGGAGAAGGUCAGGAGACUGAGGAGGAAGAAUGCAGAGCUGGCUGUCCUGGCAAAGCGCCUAGAGGAGAGGGCACACAAGCUACAGGAGGCCAACCUCAAAGUGGUAAACUCCCCCAUCCCCAUAAAGGUUGGGGCGGUGGAACAGUACAAGCGGGCGUUUGCGAGGCAGCGGGCACGGGACCUGGCCCUGCAUGCUGACACGCUCCUCUCCAAAGACAAGGAGAUCGCCACCCUGCAGCGCCAGUGCAGGCAGCUGGAGGCCAAGCUAGGGCAGGGAAAGGACAGCCCAGGCCCAUCAGGAGAGCAGGAGGUCGAGCGCCUGCUGAAAGAGUCCCAGAAGGAGGUGCUGCGUCUGCAGAGGCAGCUGUCUGUCACCUCGGUGCGAGAACAGGUCCCCCCUGGAGGAGCUCCUCCAGAGGCAGAGCGGAACAACCAGAUGGUUGGGUCUGAAAAACUGUACCCUGUAGUAGUAGAUGAGGCCCUUGUUAAAGGGGAAACGACUGGAGAGGAGGAGGAGUCUGGAACACAAUCGACACCCAGGCAAGACACAAGCUCCGCCCACCAGGAAGGGCAGACACAAGAAGAUCGACUACAAUUUCUGGAAAGUGAGCUGAGCAAGAAGAGAAAAGAAUGUGAAGACCUCGAGCACGAAGCAAGAAAGAGGCAGAAAAGAUGCCUGGAUUUGGAGAGCCAGCUUGAAGAUGCACACUCUAAAAAUGAAUGCCUAACAGAGGAAGCAGAUUUCCUCAAGAGGAAGGUUCAGCUGCUCGACCAGUAUAAGGUGGAGAAUGAAGAACUGAGAGGCGACCUUGCAGGAGUGAAUGCUCGACACAGUUGUGUUCUCGAGGAGAACCAGAGACUGCGUGCCAAGCUGGAGAACCUAGAGCAGGUCCUGAAGCAUAUGAGAGAGGUUGCAGAGCGCAGGCAGCAUCUGGAGCUGGAACAUGAGCAAGCUCUGGCUGUUCUCAAGUUCAAACAGGAAGAGAUCACACGGCUUCAGCGGGCUCAGUUAUUUGCCAAGCGGGAGCAUGAAGGGGUGGUGCAGAUGCUGGAGGGUUUGGUCCAGCUCGUAUUGCUGCGGGAGCUGAACACACUGGACUGCAUGCAGGCGAAGGUGCGCGAUCUGGAGGAGAAGUGUCGCACUCAGGGCGAGCAGUUCGGACUGCUCUCUCAGGAGCUGGAGAAAUUCCGCCUGCAGGCCUCCAAGAUGGACCUGUCCUCCCCAGGGCUGCUGUGUGCUGGCCUCCCCCAGCUCCCCAACGGCCUCGGCCUGUCCGGAGAUGCCGGCGCUAGUGCCUCAUGGGACGACAUCGCCUUCUGGAGUCUGGAGGGGACCGAGGCCCUCUGUGACGUCACCGAGCAGGAUGUGGCCACGACUCUCGGGGUCGGCUCCUCCCCCCGGACGUCCGUCCUCUCCCGUUCCAAGCGCUCGCCGUCUUCCAGGCGCCGUGCGCUGCCCGGCCUCAGUCCGAGGUCGGCCUCCUCCUCUAGCCCCUCACCGCCCAAGUCCGACACCGCCCACCUCUCCCCAAAAUCGGCGACAGACUCACGGCCGGCCAGCCCCCGCAAGGCCAGCCCCACACACGAGGUGGAUACAGCCAGUGAAGUGGAAGAGCUGGACAUCGAUGUGUCCCCAGCUCCAUUCUCAGCCAGUCGAGGAGGCGCUAAACUUCACGUGUUCAUAGCCCGUUACAGCUACAACCCUUAUGAUGGGCCUAAUGACAACCCAGAGGUGGAGCUGCCGCUAACAGCUGGAGAAUAUAUCUAUGUGUAUGGGGAUAUGGAUGACGAUGGCUUCUAUGAAGGUGAGCUGAUGGACGGUCGUCGAGGCCUGGUCCCCUCCAACUUCGUGGAGCGCGUCUCGGAUGACGACGUCAUGAGCGCGCACCUGCACGACGCCAGUGACCUUUCCCACAGCUCCUUCCAGGAGAGCAGCUUCUACAGUGGCAGCGAGCGCUUCCACCAGCACCACCGCCUGCGCUUCGUCCACAGCGGCCCCGACAGGACAGAGGCCUCCGCCGCCAACGAUGCCAAGGCCGGUGCCAGCCCCUUCCCCGCCACCCUCCCGAAUGGCCUGGACGCGGACCUGGAGGAGGACGCGGUGCCUUACCCACGCAAGCUGACACUCAUUAAGCAGUUGGCGAGGAGUGUCAUCGUGGGCUGGGAGCCACCGCCGGGGCCGGCUGCCGCCGCCUGCAGCUACAACGUCUACGUGGACCAGGAGCUGAGGCUAACCGUGCCCCCGGGUGGCCCCACCAAGGCGGUGCUGGAGCGCCUGGACGUGGCGCGCCGGGCGUACCGCGUGGCCGUGCAGAGCCUGACAGAGCGCGGCGCCUCCGACCGCCGCCGCUGCACCCUGCUGGUGGGGCGAGGCGCCGGAACGGCGCCCAGCCAGUUACGGGCGGAGCUCGUGGCGGCCACCUCCGCCCGCCUAAGCUGGAUGCCCGCCGACAGCAGCCUGGCUCACGUCAUCCUGCUGGACGGAGAAGAGCGUGAGCUGGCGGCUGCCGGCCGCUGCUCCGCAAACCUAAGCGGCCUGGUGCCCAGCCGCCGGUACAGCGUGGAGGUGGAGUCGCGGCCACCCGGCACGGCCGGGGAGACGCGGGAGCGGAGGAGCGCUGUCACCACCUUCACCACCCUCGUUGCAGGUCCCCCCGAUGCCCCUCUGGAUGUGCAGCUGGAGCAGGGCCCUUCCCCGGGGAUUGUGCAGAUCAGCUGGCUGCCCGUCACCAUUGACGCCGCCGGGACCUCCAACGGGGUCCGCGUCACUGGCUACACCAUUUACGCUGACAAGAAGAAGGUGUUGGAGGUGUCCUCCCCGACGGCAGGCAGUGCUCUGAUUGGCCCGUCUCAGAUCCAGACGCUCCAGGCGGCACAAGAGAUCACCGUGCGCACCAUGUCUCCCCACGGCGAGUCUGCUGACUCGGUGCCUGUUGACGUGCCCGCCAGGAUGCCCGGUGUCGUGGCUGGUGCCUCUGUUCAGCCAUACCAGCCCAUGCCCGCCCAUGCCUCUGCACACACCUUGGAGCCUGCCGUGUGCGCCAACCCUCUGUUUGCUGCCAAAACACCCACAAUGCCACUCGGCUACGUGCCAGAUGCUCAUCGGCCCACACCCGUCAGGGGAAUCUAUGCCGACAAGCAUGUAUCUGCCACCGAUGAUGCCCCCCGGCCUGCUGCCUCCUACGCGGAGGCGUGGGCAAACCCUGCCUUGGCCACGCCCCUGCUGGUUGCCAUGGCAGCACAGGAGGCACAGCCACUUACUGUUGCCAGUGCCAACCCGUCGCAGGUGGUUGUGCCCGUAGUUGUGCCCACCCCAGUGCCAGUCUCCGUGCCUGGUGUUCCCACAGCAGCUCCUGCACCUGCGUCUCCCACUCUGCAGGCCCCCGGGGCCCCCCGGGUGACGGCGGAACCCAGCAGCGAGACAGACCGUUCUGGUGCCGUGCGACCUAUGGCCACCCUCUCCGACUUCCUAGAGGAGCCCCAUGCCAAGCUCCACACACCCCCACCCAUCCCCAGUGUGCCCAGUGUCACCGGCCCGGGGCCGGACCCACUCAGCACGCCUGGGGCACACACGCUGCAGUCGCCCAACCCCUCGCCAGAGCCGGAAGACGGGCGGGAGAUCCCCCGGCUGGUCUCCAUCGAGGAAUUUCUACGGCCGGAGCCUCAGCCCAAAAUAAAGGUGUACACGGGAGGCCUGUUGGAUCCUCCCCCCGACUACCGCGCCGACAGCAGCCGCUCUGACCUGUCCGACAUCCUGGAGGAAGAGGAGGACGAGCUCUACUCCGAGUCCGCUGCCGAGGGGACGUCCAGAAAUUCCAACUCGGGGCCAGCAGGCGAGUUGGAGGAGUGGGAGCGGGACAGCGAUGAGGAACUCAUGGAGAACAUCCUGAAGCUCCAGCCUGGAGCCCACCAUGACAAGAAGCUGUUCAGCAUCCCUGAGGUGACCGAGGAGGAGGACUUUUCUGAGUCCGAGAGCCACUCCAGGCCGCUGCCAAGCCAGGGGCUUUCCCGGUACCAGCCUGCCCCGGGAGAAAGUCACAGGCAUGGGCGCGAAACUUGCCAACGCUCCCCUGCUCAGCAGCAGAACAGGGACGAAGUGCCACAGCUGACCGCGAAGAUCCGGCCCAAAGCACGCUACACCCGCAUGGUGGCUGCCAUCGACGAUGAAGACGAAGAGGAUGUGGAGCUGGACCCAGACAGUGGACUAGACAUCGGGUCCAGCAGAAGGGAGGCAGGGGUUCAACGGCCUCGCCAGGCUCACCGAGAUGGGGACAGACUCCUUAGGGAGGCCCUGCCCCACAGCAACAUGACCUCUGACCCUGCCACAUUGUCGGGGGCCUCACAUAGGUCAUGCGGCAGGACAAUGCGCCACAUCGGGUGUCCUGCUCCCGAAAUUGACGUGGAGUAUGGGACGGACGACGACGAGCAAAUGCCCUUUGACCUCGGAGAGAUGGUGGUGGAGCAGAUGAGUUGCGAGUGGUGGGUGGAGGGCAGGAAGCGCAACUGCCACCAUGUGCCCCUCCCCCGAUGGCGCAGGGAGCCGCCCGCCAGUGUGCCACCAGUCAUGCCAACAGUGUGCCAACACUCAUGGGAGGCACCAGGGCGGGCGGAUGUGGGAGUGGCCUGGCUCAACCCUGGAGCACACUCCCUGCGAGCUAGCGGGUCGGGGGCAGGGCCACCCGGAGUUUCGAGGCCAGUGGGUGAAAACGAAGUGAGGAUCUUCGUGGCCCUCUUCCCAUAUGAUCCUGCGACGAUGUCACCUAAUCGGGAUGCUUCAGAGGAGGAGCUUCCCUUUAGGGAGGGCCAAAUCAUUAAGGUCUACGGCGAUAAAGACGCAGAUGGCUUUUACCGGGGCAAGUCGGGUGGUCGCCAUGGCUACGUGCCAUGUAACAUGGUGUCUGAGAUCCAGGUGGACGACGAAGAGACCAGGGACCAGCUGCUGCAGCAGGGCUUCCUGUCCACCGACGCCUCCAUGGAGAAGAUAGGCGCGCGCACGCUCACUCUGCUUCCGCACCGCCCAGCCCCGCCGCCCAAACCUAGACGCUCCAAGAAAGUGGAAUCUGCUGGAGAGUGGGAGGUCAGUUCCUUUGUCGAUGCCUCUGGCCAAGAUAACACUAGACACUGUGCCGUUGCCAUGGAAAACCCUGCACCACGCAGGAUGGUAGCCAUCUUCGACUAUGACCCAAGUGAAAGUUCCCCAAACGCUGACAUUGAGGCUGAGUUGACCUUCAGGGCUGGGGACGUAAUCUACGUGCUGGGGGAUAUGGACGAUGACGGCUUCUUUUAUGGAGACCUGAAUGGGCGGAAAGGCCUGGUGCCCUCCAACUUCCUGCAGGCCUUUUCCGAGACUUCUGAGGUCUUGGCGGCGGCAGAAGACGCCGUAGCAGACAGUUACAGAGACCUGCCGAAGGUGAACCGCUGUUCGUUGUCGGAGCUGACUGAUCCAGCGCCCACCCCCGCUGAGGAGGGCCUCCUGAUCGGGCCGGAGCCGCGGGCAAGCCCUGACCCGGAGCUGGAGCCCCAGCCAGACCCAUCCGCGACGCCAGCCCCCGUCGCCACCCUGCUCCCGCCCGGUGAUAACCCCUCCCUCACUGACGCCUCCCCCCCUGGGAAGAAAAAAAAAAGCUUCUUCUCCAAAGGGAAGAAACUGUUCAAGAAGCUGGGCUCAAGCAAGAGAGAAUAAAAGAAGGAAAAACGAGGCUGUUAUCCUGAAUAAUUUGCCACUUGCACUUUUUCCCAUGUUGCCGCUGGUUUGGAUGUGUGUGUGUCUGCGCGCGGAUGGUUAGUGCGAGUGCCUGGCAUGGUAGGAGCACACUGUCUUAAUGUCAUUCCCUCUGUCCGACCGCUGCCCUCGGUGUCCGGAGGCGGCACUAACUGCCACCACAGCGACAGUGCGCUUCAACUCGCUUUUGCUUCAAAAGCUUAUCAGACACUCGAAUGUUUGUGUUACAUCCAAAUUAUAUCAGAUGCACGAACAGAAAGGUGGCAGCUUCCAGGGUGCUGGGCGUUCUGAGUGGGGAGUCAAGGCACAAUAAUAAGACUCCUGGGUUUACUGACUCCUGCAGAGUUCUCCUCGGUCAUUCCAUUUCCUUGCCAAGAUAAAUGUUGACACAAAACUUUUGAUUAGAAACUCGAACCUUAAUAAAAAGACUGGAUAUUC